CUGUCAGGGGGCGGGACCUGCAGGCUGUCACUCAGCCCCGCUCCUGCUCUGUGAUUGGCCUCUCUCCUCCGGGGUGGGAGGUGCCGACGGAGCCACAUGGAGGCUGCUGGGUGUCUCUGCGUCGCUCAGUCUGAUCCAUCCUCCGGUGGAGACGGUGGAGACGCUCCGGACACUCUGAGGCAACUUGGCGCAUCAUCCUCAUCAUCUUCUUCAUCUGUACAGGGGAAACAUUACAGCUGAACCGAGACAAAUAUUAUUUUUACCAUCACUUCUGCUGAUGUUAUUAUAUUUUUCUACCACAACCACGGAGAGAAAAAGGCUGAUGCUCUUUCGUUUGUGCGUAAAAGUCUCUUGAUUGAAUUGUUAAUCACCAGGAGAAGACAGAACCAUCGGCCUCGUGCUCUUACUGAUAUUUUCCCUUUGCGCACUCAUGGACUUGGAGCUCUUCUGGACUCACGGAACCAGAUUCAAGAUUUCAGACUGAAGAUUUUAAGUGAAUCGCUGAAGGAAUUGACGAAUAUUUGUUUCUGUAUCAGGGAACUUUGCUCCUAUCGGGACUGAAAUCUUUAUUUUUACGCAUCAAGUCCUUGGAUCUGGAUCAGAAUCAGGGACGGACACUUUUCUGCACCUGAACCGGGUUUUGAUGGAAGCAUGACCAAAGCUGCGAAAGGACCGGUUCCCCUGCACAGCCGCCUCCUGCUCCACCUGCUCCCGCUGCUGCUGCUGCUGCUGCAGCUUCAUGUCUCACCCGUGUGUCUGUCCGCGCAGCGCGGCCACACAGCGCGCUACUUCGGCCAAAUAGCCGAGAACUCUGCGGCUGGGACGCCGGUGGACGGGGUGAUGCUGCCGGUGGGGACCGGCGGCUGCCCCGGUGCGGACCUUAACACCAGCCUGAAGGGGGAUUACGCUUCGGAUUUUAGGCUUGUUCACCUCCGCGGACACCGGGACCACCGCGGACACCUGGGUCUGGUCUCCGCCAAAGAGCUGGACCGGGAGUUUAUAGCGAUGUACGAGCUGAGGGUGCAGCUGCCGCUGCGGUGUCUGAGGAGACCGGCGGCCGUGCAGGUCGAAGUGUCGGACCGGAACGACAACAUCCCCCGGUUCACCCGCGGGAACAUGACGGUUGAGGUGGACGAGCUGACGCCGCUCGGUACCGAGCUGGCCCGGUUUGACGCAAAGGACGGAGACGCGGAGCGGAACGGACGCGUCACCUUUUACGCGUCACCGGAGUCUCACCUGCUCCACGUGGUUCCUCAGACCGGGCAGGUGAGGCUGGUCGGGUCCCUGCAGGGCGUGCGCCUGGUGACUCUUCGCCUUUACGUGAAGGACGGCGGAGACGUGGCGCUGAUCGGUGAGCCGGUGUUCCUGCGCGUCAACGUCCACCGCUCCGGCGGAGCGCGGCGGAGGCCCCGGGCUCUUUCCGAGGAGCUCACCUACUCAGUGACUGUGCCGGACCACGUCAGAGUCGGGGACCUGGUGUUCACGGUGCCGGACCAGAGGUUCGAGCAGCGGUGGUUCGAGGUGAUCUCCGAGGCGGACUCGCCGGUCCAGAUCGAGCGGGACUCGGGGCGUCUGUACCUGGCGCGCAGCCUGCGGGAGCCCGCCGAGGCGACGGUGAAGAUCCAGAACCUCCGAGGUGAUGAGUGGUACCUGUGCAGGCUCACUCUGAGCAUGCCCAGUCAGGCCAACCUGCAGUGGGCCAUGUCUCCCUCACCUUACCUGGGCUCGGUGGGUCCUGACGCCACACCUGGCUCUGUGGUGUACCGACUGUCGGCACGGCAACGAGACGGGACGCAGGAACAGACACAGUUCCUCCUACUGGACGGUGGGGACGAGUGCUUCGAGGUAGACCGUCGUUCCGGCGAGAUCCGGACCACGGGUCGACCUCUGACCCCGAGUAGGGAGUACCUGCUGCGGGUGCAGGCAGUGGACGGACGCGGGCGUAAAGGCCCCCCGGCCACGGUGGCCAUCUUGGCCGGUUACCGCCCGCCGCAGUUCACCAACGCCACCUACAGCCUGAACGUAGCGGAGAACACACCUGUCGGCCAACCCGUCGCGGCGGUCCAGGCCGUCUCCUUCCAGAAGAAGAGCCUGUCCUACAUGCUGCUGGUGAAUCCUGGGAACCUGUUCAGCAUCAACCAGGAGAGCGGCGCGCUCAGCCUCACCCGGACCGUCGACUACGAGAGCGGACACAACCUCCACACCCUGCAGGUCCGAACCUCCGAACCCGACACGGGCCUCAGCAGCGUGGCAGAGGUUGUUGUUCACAUCACAGAUGAAAAUGACUGCACACCUGAGUUCCUCCACUCAAUCUACACCAGAGACAACAUACCUGAGAGCGUCGCACCUGGAACCUCCCUGCUGCAAGUUCUGGCCCGGGACUGUGACUCUGGCGUGAACUCGGAGCUCUCCUACUUCGUUCACGGCGGCGACUUCGACAUCACGUCGGGAGGUGUGGUCAGCCCCGCCCGUCGCCUGGACUACGAGCGGCCCAAUCACAUUUACGAGUUCGUGGUGGUCGCCGUGGAUGCCGGCACGCCCCCCCGCACCGGUACCGCCUCUGUCCGCAUCCGAGUCGCCAACAGCAACGACGAGGCGCCCGUCUUCUCCCAGAGCGUAUAUAAGACCUUCCUCAGCGAGGACGCCGGUCCCGACACGCUGGUCGCCAUCGUCCACGCCAACGACCCGGACGGAGAUGCCGUCUCCUACGCUAUCACCGGCGGCAACGAGGACAGCAACUUCCUGCUGGACAACCAGAAGGGUAUCAUCAAGCUGCGGCGGAGUCCACCUCCGCGGCUGAGGGGCCCUCAGUACGUCCUCAACAUCACCGCCACGGACGAUAACGCGUCCGGUGGACCGUACCCGCUCAGCAGCUCCACGCAGGUCAUUGUGGGAAUCAACGACAUCAACAACAACAAACCGGUCUUCCAGGAGUGUCAGAACUACAGUCUGAACGCCGCCGUCCUGGAGAACCAGCCGCCAGGGACGUUUGUCCUGCGCGUCCAGGCCCACGACGCCGACAUGGGGGUCAAUGGAGAGGUCAAAUACGGCAUCAUGCACAGAGACGGGGUGUCGUCUGGGUUUGACAUCGACCCUAACACCGGUGUGAUCACCACGGCGGUGAGUUUCGACCGCGAGCGUCAGAGGGAGUUCACGCUGUCAGUGACGGCCACCGAUCAGGCCGAGGAGCCGCUGAUCGGGAUCUGUCAGAUCACCGUGCUCAUCGCCGACCGCAACGACAACGACCCCAAGUUCGAAAACAGCCGCUACCAGUAUUUCCUUCGAGAGGACACUCCAGUAGGGACUAGUUUCCUCCGAGCGGCGGCACACGAUGACGACCAGGGGAGCAAUGCGGCCAUCACAUACUCGCUGUCCAAUCAGAAGCCAGCAUACCUGCACAUCAACCCCAGCACUGGCUGGAUUUACGUCAACCACCCCAUCUCACAGACGUCCAGGAUCAACCAGCAGAUCGUGGCCUCAGACGGAGGGAACCGCAGCAGCUCCGUGGAGCUGACCGUCAUCAUCACCAACGUCCACAACCAGCCGCCGCACUGGGAGCAGCCCGAGUACUGGGUCACCGUCCCGGAGAACACCGUCCGAGACGCCAAGAUUGUGACCAUCAAAGCGACGUCUCCGCUCGGUGACCCCCGGGUGACCUACAACCUGGAGGAGGGCCAGGUGCCGGAGACCAACAUGCCAGUGCGGUUCUACAUCAAGCCGAACCGGGCGGACGGCUCAGCAUCCAUCCUGGUGGCCGAGAACCUCGACUACGAGACGACCCGCUUCUUCACACUCAGGGUACGGGUGCAGAACGUCGCCGCCGUGCCGCUGGCGUCCUUCACCACCGUCUACAUCAACGUGACAGACGUGAACGACAACGUUCCUUUCUUCCUGUCGUCCACCUACGAGGCCACGGUUCCCGAGGGAGCGGAGAUCGGCACGUCGGUGGCUCAGGUGUCGGCCACAGACCUGGACUCAGGUCUCCACGGGAUGAUCCACUAUGUGAUCCUGAAGGACGAGAGCGGGGACUCUCAGUUCUUCAGCAUCGACCCGCUCAGCGGCGUCAUCGUCACCCGAGCGUCGUUCGACCGAGAGCAGAAAGCCUCGUACCUGAUCGAGGUGCAGUCGCAGGACGGCUCCGAGUCGGCCCGACCGGGUCAACAGGGACAACCCAACACAGACACGGCGUACGUCAGGAUCUUCGUCACCGACGUCAACGACAACGCCCCGGCGUUCGCCCAGCCGGUGUACGAGGUGAGCGUGGAGGAGGACAAGGAGGUCGGCUUCGUCCUCAUCACCGUCACCGCCAACGACGAGGAUGAAGGUGCCAACGCCAAGCUGCGGUACCAGAUCACCUCGGGGAACACCAUGGGCACCUUCGACGUGGAGCCCGAGGUCGGCACCAUCUUCGUGGCUCAGCCACUGGACUACGAGAUGGAGCAGCGCUACGAGCUGCGGCUGGUCGCCUCCGACGGGAAGUGGGAGAACGAGACGCUGGUGGUGGUCCAGGUGGUCAACCACAACGACGAGGCGCCCGUCUUCAGCCAGACCGAGUACCACGCCGCUGUGACCGAGGAGCUCACCCAGCUGCCGGUCUUCAUCCUGGAGGUGUCGGCCACAGAUCCAGACCAGGAGGCCGACCAAACCGCCGUUCGCUACUCUCUCCAUGGUCAGGGCGCCGGCGGUGAAUUCACCAUCGACGAACGAACUGGAAGAAUCUACGCCCAGCGGCGUCUGGACCGCGAGGAGCGUCCAGCCUGGAGAUUCCUCGUCCUCGCCACAGACGAGGGAGGGGCCGGACUCACGGGAUUCGCCGAUGUGCUGUUGGAGGUCCGAGAUGUCAACGACAACGCGCCUUUCUUCCCGUGUCCGGCGCUGGAAGUAGACGGAUGUUUUGUCGGCCAAGUGCCUGAAAAUUCACCUGCCGACACCUCCGUCAUGGAGAUGCGCGCCAUGGACCUGGACGACCCCAAUGAGGGGAAGAACGCCAUGCUGACCUACAGCAUCAUCAAGAACGUCCGCAACGAGAUCAACCUCAACCUGUUCUCCAUCAACGCCACCACGGGGACCAUCUACACGGUGCUACGCUCCCUGGACCGGGAGGCGGAGGACCGGUAUCUGGUGGUGGUGGAGGCCAGGGACGGAGGGGGGUUGGCGGGGACAGGGACAGCCACCAUCAUGGUUUCCGAUGUCAACGAUCACCCGCCUGUUUUCACUCAGAGGGUCUACACUGCUCAGGUGACGGAGGAUCUGGAGGUGAACAGCGAGGUUCUCGUCGUUUCCGCCACAGAUGGAGACGAGGGCGAGAACGCCGUGGUAACCUUCAGCAUCGUCGGAGGUGACGAGGACAGAAAGUUCUUCGUGGAGACGGACAAAGUCAACAGACGUGGCGUCGUCAAGCUCAAGAAGAAGGUCGACUUUGAAAAGCCUCACGAGAGAACCUUCAAUCUGACCCUGAAGGCAGAGGACGCCGAUUUCUUCAGUCUGGCCUACUGCCUCGUCCAGGUGGAAGACUCCAACGACCACGCCCCCGUCUUCUUCCCCCAGUUCUAUGAGUCACCCGCCUUGUCCGAAGACGUACCUGUGGGGACGAUUGUUGCUCAGGUAACGGCCUCUGAUCUAGACUCGGGUCAAAAUGGACGUUUUUCGUACAGUAUCUCCAAAGAGUCGGACCCCUACAGCCAGUUCCUGGUGGACCAGUCUGGUUGGGUGGUCGUGGCUGAUUCUCUGGACAGGGAGAAAAUCUCGCAACACAGGAUCAUGGUCCACGCCACAGAUGCCGGGAGUCCGCCCUUGACCGGAACCGCCAUCGUCAUGGUGACUGUGCUUGACGUUAACGACAACGGGCCGGAGUUCGAGGUCGCCUACAAACCUAUUGUUUGGGAGAACGCACCGGCACCUCAGGCGGUACAAAUGAACGAAACCUCACUCCUCCUCCACACCACAGACCGCGACACCUCCACCAACGGCGGGCCGUUCUCCAUACGGCUCCUCAUGCUCACCUCGGACGCCACCAACUUCAAUCUGACCGACUUCCGGAACGGCAGCGCCGCCGUCACAGCCCUCCGCACCUUCGACCGUGAGCGGCAAAAAGAGUACCUCCUCCCGAUCCUCAUGAUUGAUAGCGGCUCUCCUCCGAUGAGCUCCACCAGCACGCUGACGGUCGUCAUCGGCGACAGGAACGACCACCCCCACUCGCCAGGACACACCAACUUCAUCGUCUACAGUUAUGAGGGUAUCCUCCCGACGACGGCACUCGGACAAAUUCAAUCCCCCGACCUUGAUGACUGGAGCGAGAAGGUGUACCGGUUCGAAGGGAAGCCAACCAGGUCGUUCGGACUGAACCAGAGUUCGGGUCAGCUGAGCAUCAGGGAGGGGACGCCUCCGGGCUCCUACCACCUGCAGGUACGCGUCUCUGACCGCGCCUGGCCCGACGUCACCUCCACUGCUCAGGUGGACGUCACGGAGCUGCAGCAGGACGCCCUGCAGAACGCCGCCUCCAUCCGCCUGUCCAACCUGACAGUGGAGGACUUCUUCAGGAGCAGCGGAGGUCAGGAGAGUCGGUUCUCCGUCCUCGGCGGAGCGUUGGCUGAACUCCUUCAGACUUUGCCGGAAAACGUCCAGAUCUUCUCGGUCGGCGGCGCCGGGCGACGGGGGGAGAAGGAGCUGAACGUGUGGUUCGCCGCUCACGGCUCGCCGUACUACAAGGCGGAGAAACUGCACGGCUACGUGGCGGCAAACAAAGCCAAGCUGGAGGCCAUGUUGGGCGUGUCCAUCUCUCAGGUGGGCGUCGACGACUGUCCCCACACUGACUGCAGUCAGUCUGGAGGCUGCAGUAACAAGGUUUCAUUCAGCCAGUCCCCGGUGGCUCUCAGCUCCGGCGACACGUCGCUGGUGUCGCUGUCGGCGUCGUCGACGGCGCAGUGCGGCUGCAGAGGCCGAGAAGCCAUCCACCUGCCCUGCUCCGCCUACCCCACCAGCCCCUGCCUCAACGGGGGCACCUGUCAGGACGGACCGCUGGGAUACAGGUGUAAGUGUCCUCCCAUGUUCGACGGCCCCGAGUGCCAGCAGACCAAACACAGCUUCGGCGGCCAAGGCUACGCCUGGUUCCCUCCCAUCAUGCCUUGCUUCCAGAGCCACAUCUCCCUGGAGUUCCUGGCUGAGUCGGCCAACGGGCUGCUGCUCUACAACGGUCCUCUUGGCCCCGCCCACUCCGGGGAGCAGGAGGACUUCAUCGCCGUAGAGUUGAGGAACGGCGUUCCAGCUCUGAGCGUAAACCACGGAUCAGGAACGCUGACGCUGCAGCUCCCGCCAAAAUCCACCGUCACCGACCGGCGCUGGCAUCGCCUCGACGUCAUCAGUGACGGAAAGUCCGUGCAGCUGAUUCUGGAUCAGUGUGGGGGCGUGGCGGUGAACGAGCCGGACGGGGUCGGGGGCGACGCUCAGGAGGUGGACGAGUCCGGCUGCAGAGCUGCAGGAGAGACUCCUGGGAGCCAGAGGUAUCUGAACGUGUUCCAGCCUCUUCAGUUGGGCGGAGUCAAGGAAACGUCUCCUCACCGACGUUACCGCAGCUUCACCGGCUGCAUCCGCAACCUGGUGGUGGACAGUCAGGUGUACGACCUUGCGUCUCCAGGUGAGAGUGUGGACAGCACCCCGGGGUGCAGGCUGACAGACGGGGUGUGUGUGACGGCGGCGAGCCCCUCCUGCGGCGUUCACGCCUCCUGCCUCGCCGACUGGGGCUCGUUCAGCUGCGAGUGUCACCCGGGGUACACGGGACACAAGUGUGACCAAGCCGUCCCAGAGUUCUCCUUCGACUCGGGCAGCGUUGUGCGUUAUCAGCUGAGAGGCGGCGGCAGCUCUCGACGCACCAACGUCCAGCUGCUCCUCCGAACCAGAGCCACGUCAGGCACCCUGCUCUCCGUGACGUCCCGGGACGCCAACGAGUACAUCGUCCUGGAGAUCAUGGAGGGUCACCUCUCUGUCCGGGCCAACCUCGGCGACGGUGCCGACGCCCUGCGGCUUCCCGGCCAGCGGGUGGACAUCGGGCAGUGGGUCCUGGUCAGCCUCAGUCGCCAUGACAACCUGUUCACCCUGCGGCUGGAGCGAGGAGGAGGGUCCCGGGAGGCCCAGGCCCGACUGGGGAGCCGGAGGGAGAUCGUGGUUCACCCAGCCAGCAUGAUGGUCGGCAACGGACCGAACCCCGGAGACAAGGCGGACUUUCAGGGCUGUCUGCGGGACGUUCGUUUUAACGGCCAGGCGCUCCCUCUGGACGGGCAGAGCCGGGACUUGGUGACGGUGCUGGAGAGGCGGGGCGUCACCUCCGGUUGCUCCAGCGACGCCUGCAGCAGCCAACCGUGCCGCAGCCCGCUGCGCUGCAUCGACCUGUGGAGGAAGCACCAGUGCAGGUGUCCCGGCGGUCAGGUGACGGUGACAGACGAGUCGGGGCAGCGCUGCAUGCCGUCGCCCUGUGGACUUUCUUCCUGCCGGAAUGGCGGCGUGUGUCAGGCGCUGUCGCCCGACAGCUACCGGUGCCGCUGUCAGGAGGGGUUCAGGGGUCAGCGCUGCGAGCUGGGGCAGGUCAAAGGUCACCGGCUGGCCGCCCUCAGUCCCAGCUCCAUCUUGGCCAUCAGCAUGUGUCUCCUCGUCUUCUUCGCGGUGUUGGUGGCGGUGACGGUGUGGAACCAGAAAGGCAGCCGCAACAAGUUCAGGAAACGAGGAGUUUACCACAUCCCUGCUGAACACGAGAGCUGGGAGGACAUCCGAGAAAACAUCCUCAACUACAACGAGGAGGGAGGGGGGGAGCAGGACCAGAAUGGUUAUGACAUCACAGAGCUGAAGCGUCCUCUGUGCUCCAGUCUGUCCCAGUCGUCGUCCUGCACCACCGCCCCCCUCAUCAAGUCUUCCCCCGGCUCCCAGGAGGAGGUGCACCCGUCCAGCUCCUCCUGCAGCUCCGGUGCUCCCUACCUCAGCAUCCCGCAUCACCACCACCACCACCAUCAGCACGCCGCCGCCGGCUACACCAAUGAGGCAACCUACGCCAACUACGCCGCUCACGCAGGCAGAGAUGUGGAGACGAGCGACGCGGGCAGCUACGUGGACGCCGCUCAGCCGGCGUCGUCGCGGUCCCAUGUGGACUUUAAGAGCUACGUGGCGCGGAUCAUCUGGGAAGCCGACAACGACGGCGAGGCGUUCCCGCCAGACGCCUACCACGUGUGGUGCGUGGAGGGCUCGGGGUCGUCGGCGGGAAGCCUCAGCUCGCUGGGGUCAGCCGCAUCACGUGGAAACGUCACUGCCGCUCAGGGCGAGGAGGAGGAAGAGGAAGAUGAUGAAGGAGGGUUUGUGUACGACAGGCUGUCGCGCUGGGGCCCCAAGUUCCACGCCCUGAGCGAGAUGUACGACCGACCCCAGCUGGCGCUCUCAUACAGGGACGCCAUAGCUUACAUACAGAGGAGCCACAGCCACGACCCCCUGCCUCAUCACCACUAGGGGGCGCUGCUCGGCCCCGCCCACCUGCACACAGUUAAAACAGACUGCGCUGCGUUCAUGUCACGUCUGAAAAACUUCACAAUCAACUUUUAAAAAUAAAAUCAUUUUUAUUCCCCGUCGCUGUUUUUACUGUAAACGACAAACGACCACAAAGUCUGAAAUGUUAAAACUGUUUAAUCAACGACCUCAAAACACAAACCGCCCCUGAACAGCUGUUUCUCCACUGGCUCCUUGAUGUGACGUGAAUGCAGCAGCCCCCCCCCCCCCGUGUAGUUCGAAGGCGGCGGUGAAGCCACGAUGCUUUCAGGUCUGGAGGUUCAGGAUGAGACACUAAUGACAUCAGAGGUCUGAGUUUAAACCCACAAAGCACAGAGCUCGUUCUUGUACCAGCUUUACAUGAGAAUACGUCAUGAAACUUUAUUUAUUUUUGCUUUUUCUUCUUUGUUGAAACUUCACGUGUAUUUAUUUCUUUUCUUUUUUUUUUUUUUUUGUGGGUUGUUGAGUUUUAUUCUUUAGAAAUGUGGGAAAGUACAAUCAGACUGUCUGAGAUCUUUAAUUUUAAUCUCCUUACGUACAGUUUUAAUUCUGACCACACGAACCAAAACCCACAAACGAAAAGUCAAGUUUCACAAAAGAAACACGCUGAAGGAAAAACUUUCUUCUUAGACUUUUAUUUUCUUAAGAAACAUCCACUCACUCCACAGAUCAACCGAACCUCCGACAGACUCGUUAACCAGCUUUUAAUUUCUCUUUUCCAACCUUCCUGUUGCACUAACGGACGAUUCAGAGAAGAAUCUAUUUGCCGGGAAAAAAAAACAAAAAGAUAAUUUGAGCUCAGCAGGUGAAACAUGUAAAAUAAGCUUUGAUAGGAUGAGAGAUUAUUUUUUUACUCCCGUGUAGAAACUUCCCAGAAGCUCCUCUCCACUUGCGGUCGGUCGUGCACCGUGUUAACGUGCUGGGUGGCGUCGCAGAUGUUUUUAUAACCAUCGGUUCAGAGGAAGCAGCUCGUCGUGUUGAGUGUUGGAGCCGACGUUAUUCUCCACGUCACAUCUGGUGUUUCCGAGACUGAACUUCUGAUUGAUGGCGUCCAGUUUUCAAAACUGCAGAUCAGUCGAACGUGUUCAUUCGUUUAUUAAUGACUAAACUGUUGAAGAAGCACAAACAAAUUAAUUAUUCUUAGAACAAUCACACGUGUCGAGAAAACAGCAAAUUCCUGCUUUUAAAGAAGCAGGAACCAGAGAGUUUGAAUUAAAUGAUUCAGUCACAAAAUUCUAAUUUAACUUCUGCUAAAAUGUUUUUUGUGCUCAAUCAAUAGUUUUGUCAUUUCUUAACUUCCAUACAAUCAAUGUUCAGUUUGGUUCAGACUGUGUGAGUCAGUAUUCACACGCAGUCGGCCCGGAGACGUUUCUUAAAGUGUCUCCGGCUGACGGGGAGACGAGGACCCAGGAGGCGUGGUCGGUCCCUCACAGGUGGAUUUGUCACCUGGACGGGACACAGAUACUUUUCAAACGGCCAAAUGUGAUUUUUAAUCAAACAAAGAUGUGACACAGCGAUUCAGCAGAGGGGCUUGUUCCACGGACUCUAACCAGCGUCGUGUCUGACUGCUGUUUACCUCUCGGCUCCGCGUGUCGCCACGACACCGUCUGAUGAAUGUAGUUUUAUAAAAGCAGAGCGAGGAAACCUUCAGGGGUUUCAGGAGACAGGUGGAGGGAGUGUGAGCGAGCACAGAGUACAAUCAUUGACGAACAAACGCGUCCAGAUAUCUGAAAGGGUUUUAACGGCACUUCAGGUCGUGUUUCUCUCCCAGAAUGCACUUGUAGAGCAGCGAUUAAAGUCCUGAGACAUUUUUAUCCAAACGAUCCUGGAGUUUUUAGCGUGGAAGCAGAUUUUUUCCAGAAGAUAUUUUCCUUGUGUUCUGCAGUUUUAUUUCUCCUCUGGUUCCUGAUGAAAAGCAGAAUUGUACUCAAAGCUAUGCAUCCAAAUGAAACAACACAGGUGUCUUUUUCUGAACUGACGUGACUCCAGAUGUUGUGAUGAGUGUCGACCUGUUGCUGUGUGCGGCAGCUGUUGAUGUUUGUUGUGAAUCCAGUGUUUUUAAAGCAGUUUACUAAGUGUGUGUGUGUGUUGACUUCACACACACACACACACACACACACACACACACACACACACACGUUGUAUUGGACUGAGAGUGUAAAGCGGUGUGGAUCUGUAUGAUAUGAUGUACAUAUGGACGUUUUAUAGCAGCCUAACAUGGACUAUUCCUUUUGUAUAUGACUUUUAAUAAAAAGGCUUUUUC